AUGAAUUUGGUUUAUCUAUGCAUUUUGGUGUUCUAUAUCGCAGUAUCUGUUGCUGCAAACUUCACGUACCCUCAACGUUAUGAUACAUGGUAUGCUGGUACUCAACAGAAUAUCAGUUUCGAUGAAACGCAAUACACGCAUAACGAUACAGUGACUGUCUUCUUUGACGAAGAUCGAUCCAACACUUUAGCCUCUGGCUUCGCCGACCAGGGCAAUUUCUCAUUCAUCGUGCCCGCACGAGCGCUUACUCUAGCAGGACGUAAAUUCUCUCAUCUUGUGGCAGUGAUCCGGCGCAACUACUUCUUAUGGAAAGUGUACGAAGUACCGUUGGUAGUGAAGUUGCCGCCUGGCGACGUUCCACAAAUACAAGAACCGAUGUCCAUCCAAGGCUCUGGUUACACCAUUACUAAUCGAGACACAUUGAAUAACCAGAUGCCUCACCAUAAAAGAGCCGAGAAUGAAUGA